ACAACCAUUUGAUGCGUUGGCAGUUGACGCAUGGGACACCCUUGCUGCAGAAAUAAGGGACGUUGAUUGGCCACUGCGGAAAGGGUGCUCUGCUUCGGCGCCGAUCAUUUGAUGAUGACGGAGAGACGGAGAGACGGAGAGACGGCGAGACGGCGAGACGGCAAGGGUUGGCCAGAUGCCAGAUGCCAGAUGCCAGAUUGUGAGUCGUGACAGAUUCUGUGUGGCCGGAGCCAAACUGACUUGGGCUUGGGCUAUGGAAUCUUGGAAGCAGGAGGUUGGUAAACAUCUGCAUGCAGUCGCCGGAAGGGGGGUCUCAGAAGGUGAUCUCACAUCUCAAGACAAAACCCCAUUGAAAGAAUGGAUGUGGAAUACCGGUCCUCGCCUCGCUCCUGUUCUGCUCGGACACCCAGCCAGACACACACAGCCCGAACGACGCACCUGAUUCCGCGGCCCUCCUCGAGUCCUCUCCUGCAGGCUGCGGCAAUUCUGGUACUACCCCAGUACGUACUACGUACUGUCCGUAGUGAAAGCCGGGCGCUGAAGGGAGCUCCGCAUCCGAGCUCAGCCACCCUCUUUCGCAACAUCACGCGAACCUCGAGACCUUUAUUACUCACACGCACGACCGACCGACAAUCUGGUCUUUGUUCGACACUCGAAUUCAUUUUCCAUCAAGUCGAUUACAUCAACUUGCGAAUCCAUCAGAGUGUCUGUCGUUUGAUCGAAACAAUCGAAACAAUCGGGACAGGGCACAACCCAACACUCCACCUCCUCCGCCACUCCACAAUCAACCACGAACACCCAACCCCACCAUGGCGCCAACCUCCAUGCAGGACAUGCUCAUGGACGAGGUUUUGAAUAGAAUUGGAAGGAGAUAUGUGUAAGCUUCCUCGCUCUGACAUCUUCUUGGUUCUGCUUCUCUACCAUCAAUGUCCAAACACAAAAUGCUCCUCAGCUCAGCACGCGAAAAA